AUGUUCGCGUCCUUCGCGGCAACACGACUAGACAAGGAGUGGAACCGCGGUGCUCAGAUGACGCCUGGGGAGGACUUCGUGUUCGUGAAGGACGUAGGCAAGUACUGCGCGCUCCAGUCCGGCCGCGCCAACCCCAAAACUUGGUCGUUGGCGCUCGAAUGCCGCAACUUCCAGGAUGGCCUCGGUCGGGACAUAUUGUUUCAGGAGCGGCUGUUCGUGAUGUCACGGCCGCGGGUGUUCCGGAAGUACAGCCGCAUAUUAGGCUUGAGCGGGUCCAUCGGGAGCCAGCCCGAGCGCGACUUCCUCCGCGACACGUACAGCUCAAGCCUGGUGCCCCGCUUCCUUGUGCGCAUGCUCCAGGGCUGA